CCAACUGCAUGACGUGACGUGACGUAGUCGAGGCCGACUGUGGAGAAUAUCGUACGCGGCGAUGAGUAAAGCGAUGCCGCGAUAAGGGAUACGUGAAACUGAGUGAUGUUUAUCGGCGGAGUGCGGAGUGCGGCCGCGUAGCGCGUAGCGUUAUCGGGAAAGCGCGGGAAAAGCGGCCGCCGAGCUCAGUAGGCCCGCGUACGCCGACCGAUAUGGACGCCACGACGCGCGCGCUCGUUCUCACUCUAACCGCGCUCGCGAUCGUCGCGCGCGCCCACCUGCCGUCCCACGACAACAUACUCAGAGUCCAGCUGUGGGACGCCGAAGGUCUCAGCCGGGACCCCGUGCCCCCGCGGAUCUCGGAGUCCGCACUCAACCAUCGCAAGCUCAAAGUCAACGUUAACUCUCUGUACGAUGCCAUGAUGAAGGAGUCGGAGCAUGGAGCGGAGAGGUUCGCUCGGCACAAAGUCCGACACAAGAGGCGGCGGCCGCGCCAGAGCGGCACCGACCUGCCCUGGAGGUUCCACUCGGGCGCAGGCUCGCUCAACGUAGCCGCCUUCGAUGACGCCGUGCCCUGGGAUGUGAUCGAGGGAGGUGGCGGCGGGGACUCGGGCAACGCGAGUGCAGUGAUUUCCGCGAGUGUUGCGAGUAGCGCGGGUGCCGCGGGUGCCGGCAGCGGGCCGGAGAGCUCGCCGCGAGACGUGUCGCCGCCCAUGACACUGCGCCAGGACGAGGAGGACGAAGAGGUAAAGAAGCAACUACCAGUCGCUCCUAAAUGCUGUCCCAGUGGUCAGAACUUGACAGUAUCUUACGAGGGCGGUGUGGUCCGGUCUGUCUGCACACGGUCCAGUCUCACCUUCCAGCCGGUCUUUCACAAGGCCAAUGAUACUCAUAUCUGGAGCUUUGAUAGUAAUGUGUUCGAGACCAUCGUCGGGAACCCUUGCUUGUAUGACAGAUACAAAUUGGAUCCCGAAGAAAUAAGCUCAGAUGAAUUCUAUUUACUAGUAAACGGUUCUCUGUUUGUGCCGUUCAGUGAACCACAUCUACUCGGGACAAGAGAUUAUUGCAUGGAAACCUUUUGGAACGAAUCAAAUCCUGCAGGAGUAACAUUACCGUUAGUUUGUUUCCGAACACCUUUCGAAGAGGCGAAGACUUCUGUCACUCUUAUAAUUUAUGCCACAGGUUUAAUAAUAUCAGUACCGUUCCUGCUAGCAACAGCGUGUGUAUACAUACUUAUAAAGGAGCUGAGAGACACGCACGGUAAAGCACUGGCCUGCCAUGCCACGUGCUUGGCAAUUGCCUUCUCUUGUCUCGCAGCUACUCAACUAGCUGGUCAUGCUUUCCCAACAACCAUUUGCACGAUAAUGGCAUAUUCAAUACAACUAUCAUUCGUAUCCUGUUUCUUUUGGUUGAAUGUCAUGUGUUUCGAUACAUUUUUAAACGUUAGGCGAUAUAUAAACGCAUCAGUCAGCAGAAAAAGUAUGCGUCGGAGAUUUGCGUGGUAUUGCGUGUAUGCAAUAUUAUUGCCUGUUAUUCUAUUAGCGGUUACAGUUACUAUGGAUCUAUCCCCAGCUGUACCUAGUACUUAUCUGAAACCUAAUUUUGGUGUUAAAGGAUGCUGGUUCAAAACGGACCAAGCAGCUCUGCCGUAUUUCUACGGCCCCGUAGCUGUUAUUCUUCUAAGUAACCUCGUCAUUUUCUUCUUUACGUCUCGUGCUUUUGCAACGCACUAUGACAAACUGAAGGAUGUUACUCCUUUAGAUUUAGUGCAAUCGGACAACAGUACAGAGGACUGGGUGCGGCUGGGCACUGUACUUGGCCAGGAGUUGCCACCCCAUGAACGUGCCGCAUCGCCACAAGAUAGUAACAACUUCAGUCAACGACUCAAGAAGUACAAGAAAAUUUUUAGAACGUGCUGCAUCCUGUCGGUUAUAAUGGGCCUAUCGUGGGUACUGGAGGUAGUAUCGUGGGCGGCCGGCGCCGGUUCCGCAGCUGUCUCCGUCUGGUCGCUCUUUGACCUCAUCAACGCGCUGCAAGGAGUCGUUAUCUUCUCGAUAUACGUGUUACAGCAACCAGUUAGAUCCUAUGUUAAGUUGUCAAAGCUGUGUGAAUCGUGUAGAAGGAAAAAGAACGGCUCCGAGGUGUUGGUGGUUAACGAACGGAACAGCAUAGACUGUGGCUCCGGUCGGAGAGACUAUGUAUAGAGCGCCAGAAAGUGUUGGCAAGGUUUGGAAAACUACGGCAAACGUUGGCAAGGUUUGGAAAACUUCGGCAAGUGACGGAUAUUAGCCAAUUUCGUUUAUAGUGUCCUGACUAUCGCUAGUGUUGUGAGAGACUG